AAGCUGGAACCAUCACCGAGGAACUUCUGGAGGCGAGAAACUGAAUAGCGGGAGACAUUCAGAAAACAAUACAGGAUUAUGGAAAAAAACACAGCAUUUGAGGACAGCAAGAUGACCAUCAAUAUUCUCUUGAUUGGAAGGACACAGAGUGGCAAAAGUGCUGCAGGAAACACUCUUCUGGGUAGUAUAGACUUCACCAGCAGUCUAUCUCCAUGCUCUGUGACCACGUCUUGCAACUUAGGAUGCAGCCGUUACAUUUUGGGCUUUGGACGCCGGUGUGGUCGUGAAUUAGCACUGCAGGCACGCGUGCUGGACACUCCUGGAUAUCCUCACAGCAGCCUGAACAAAGAACAGGUCCAACAAGAAGUUAAAACGGCUUUAGUUCAGCAUUUUGGAGAGAAGGGUCUGCACUUGGCACUUUUGGUCCUGAGAGCAGACAGCCCCCUAUGUGAAGAGGAAGAUCAUCCCACAACCCAGUUAGCCCAGGAACUCCUGGGUCCUAACUGGAAGAAUUACACCGCCAUCUUAUUUACUCAUGCUGAUCAGAUUGACAAAGCUGGUUUAAGUAGAGAAGAAUAUUUGCACACUGCUUCUGCCACAUUGAAUCAACUCAUGGAGUCAGUACAGCAAAAAUACAUUUUUGUUGACAACCAUGCAGUCACAUUAAAUCAGGAAAAUUUAACAGUUCUAAAAAAAAUUAUGUCAUUUCUAAGACAAAAUAGUUAUCAGACAAUUCUGUUCAAAUAA